AUGUCAGACGAACCAAUCAAUUCAAAGCAGCUUGCAAGAGGGUUGCACAAAGCAUCAAGACAUGUCGACAAGAAUACAUCAAAAGGGAAAUACAAGAAGCAAGAACGUCUAGUCAAAGAACAACAGGUCAAGCAACAGGCAGAGUUGGAGCAGACCGAGGAAUAUCAGAUGGUACAACCAAGAUCGAAAUACAGCAAGAGAGUCAUUCAACAACAAUCACGUUCUACUAUUGAAGAACUAGAUAGAAUGAAUCAUACAGCUGAACGUUUAAAUAUGCAAGAUUUAUUAGAUUCUUCUGUUGAUUUCAUUCCAAGUUUAUCAUCAAAAGACAAUACUACAUCAUAUGUUCAAGAUUAUGAUGAAGAUGGUGAUGAUGAACUAUCAAAAGACAUUGAUACAUUCUUAAAUAUUAAUAUGGGAGAGAUUGAAAAGAUGAUUCUAACAAUCCCAAUGCCAAAGAGAUUAGAUAUUGAUAUUGAUUAUUUCGUAUGUCGUACAACAACAAAAAAUAAAAAACCAACACCUGUAACAUUACUUUCAAGAAAAUCAAAUAGACAUUUAAGAUCUGCUGGUUCAUCUUUACAACAACCACAACAACAACAAAAUAUUAAUGUAUCUAAACCAUCAUCACCGUCAUCAACAACAAAUACACAAAAACCAGUUCCAAUUCCAGUUUCAACACUCACUACUAAAGAAAAUAAUAAUAAUAAUAAUAAGGAAUCAAAUUCAGUACAAGAUAGUAGUAAUCAAGAUGAAUCAAAAGAUGGUUUACAAGAUUGGUUAGAUACAAUUAUAUAA